AUGCCUGGGGAAGUCAUUGACAGACCAAACCCGCAGGCGCUGCCUUCCCAUAUUCCCGAUGUGGUUGAACAGUUGCAGGUGAAGCUGGAUUUGACGAGUUUAGAGCAACCGGCCUGCGAUGCCUUGUUCAAAUUCCGUCGAGCUGCUUCAUACAUCGCUGCAGCAAUGAUCUUUCUGCAAGAUAAUGUGCUACUGAAAAGAAGCUUGACGCAUGACGACAUAAAGCCUAGAUUGCUUGGUCAUUGGGGAACAUGUCCCGGCCUGAUAUUGGUAUACUCUCACCUGAAUUACCUCAUUACAAAGCGCAAUCUCAAUAUGCUGUAUGUCGUGGGACCAGGACAUGGUGCACCAGCCAUCCUAGCCUCUCUCUGGCUGGAGGGCUCGUUGGAGAAGUUCUACCCAGAGUAUUCGCGAAAUGCGGAGGGCCUCGCCAAUCUCAUCUCGACUUUCAGUACAACAGCCGGGCUGCCUAGCCAUAUCAAUGCGGAAACACCAGGUGCUAUCCACGAAGGAGGGGAACUGGGAUACGCACUUGCUGUAUCAUUUGGUGCAGUUAUGGACAACCCCAAUCUGAUCGUUCCAUGCAUUGUGGGCGAUGGAGAAGCAGAAACUGGCCCAACAGCAGCAUCUUGGCACGGCAUCAAAUAUAUCGAUCCUGCAGAGUCAGGCGCUGUGCUGCCAAUCCUGCACCUGAACGGAUUCAAGAUCAGCGAGCGCACGAUCUUUGGCUGCAUGGACGACAAGGAGCUGACCUCGCUUUUCACUGGGUAUGGGUACCAGGUCCGGAUUGUGCAGGAUUUGAAUGACAUCGACACCGAUCUCCAUCGAUCUAUGACCUGGGCUUUGGAAGAAAUCCACAAGAUUCAGCAAGCAGCGCGAUCCGGAAAGCCCAUUAUGAAGCCAAGAUGGCCAAUGCUGAUUUUGCGCACACCAAAGGGAUGGUCAGGCCCAAAGGAAAUUCAUGGCCAGUUCAUUGAGGGCUCAUUCCAUUCACAUCAAGUCCCCCUGCCCAACGCAAAGAAGGACAAGGAAGAGCUGCAGGCCCUCGAGAAAUGGCUUUCCUCGUAUGGGCCCAGAGAACUUUUCACUGAGAAUGGAGAUGUUAUAGAUGAGAUUAAAUCCAUCAUCCCUACGGAUGAUGCGAUGAAGCUUGGUCAGCGUGUGGAGGCAUACAAGGCUUAUCUGCCACCAAAGCUCCCGGACUGGAGGAAGUUCGCCGUGGAUAAAGGUAGCCAACAGAGCCCGAUGAAAACGACCGGAAAGCUUAUCGACGAGGUCUUCCAACUCAACCCUCACACUGUUCGAUUGUUUUCACCGGAUGAAUUGGAGAGCAACAAACUGAGCGCCGCUCUGGAUCACACUGGGAGAAAUUUCCAGUGGGAUCAGUUCUCUAGCGCGAAAGGUGGCCGGGUCAUCGAAGUCCUGAGCGAACAUAUGUGCCAGGGUUUUAUCCAGGGUUACACGUUGACCGGACGCACGGGUAUCUUCCCAUCGUAUGAGAGCUUCUUGGGAAUCGUUCAUACCAUGAUGGUGCAGUACUCCAAAUUCAUCAAAAUGGCUCAAGAGACCACAUGGCACCGUAGCAUAGCCAGCAUCAAUUAUAUUGAGACAAGCACGUGGACACGGCAGGAGCAUAAUGGAUUUUCACACCAGAAUCCAUCUUUCAUCGGGGCAGUACUCAAAUUGAAGCCCACGGCUGCUCGGGUUUAUCUGCCGCCGGAUGCUAACACUUUCUUAAUCACUCUCCAUCACUGCUUGAAGUCGACGAACUACAUCAAUCUCAUGGUUAGUUCGAAGCAGCCCACUCCGGUGUAUUUGACCCCAGAAGAGGCAGAGAGCCACUGCAGAGCAGGUGCAUCUGUCUGGAAAUUCUGCAGCACCGACGAUGGUCUGGACCCAGACGUAGUAUUGGUUGGAAUCGGCGUCGAGGUGAUGUUUGAAGUCAUUGCUGCUGCCGCCAUUCUGCGCAAACGUUGCCCCGAGCUUCGCGUACGGGUGGUUAACGUCACCGAUUUGAUGAUCUUGGAGAACGAAGGCGCACACCCGCAUGCGCUCACCACCGACGCGUUUGAUAGCCUGUUUACAUCUGACAGACCCAUCCAUUUCAACUACCACGGAUAUCCGACUGAGUUGCAGGGCUUGCUGUUCGGACGGCCACGUCUGGAGCGCGCUACCAUCGGCGGAUACAUGGAGGAGGGAAGCACCACGACACCAUUUGAUAUGAUGCUUGUCAACCGCGUUUCACGCUUCCAUGUAGCACAAGCGGCCAUUUGUGGGGCGUCAAAGAGAAAUGAAAGAGUUCAGAUCCGACAACAGGAGCUGUACACGGAGUUGGACCACAAUAUGGUAGAGACCAAGAAGUACAUCCUCAAAAACCGAAAGGAUCCCGAUGAUAUGUACGAUAUGCCGAAAUUCGAAUAA